UCGGGAUCCGGGACUGAGGGGGAAGCUCGAGGCCCUGAAGUGAAGAGCGUCGGCGGCGGCGCUUUUGCCUCGUUCGUGACCCAGAGCUAGAAUGGCCAGCAGUCCGGGAGGUCACGCAUCUGUUUCCGGUCAGAAAUCGACACUUUGGGAAUGUUCUCGACCAAAGAAAUUGCAGGUCACUGAAGAGGAGCUGUUUUACAUGAAUUGUAGAGCUGCCUAUCUAACUGUUUUUAAAAGCAGUUUAGAAAGUAUUGUGUCAAGGGAUCAACUUUGCCUAGUACUUCAGAAGGCAGGAAGAAAUCCAUCCCAAAAGACGAUUGAUAAGUACUGGACUCCUCAAACCGCUAAGCUGAAUUUUGAUGAUUUUUGUGCAAUUUUAAAAAAGGAAAAACCUACUUCAAAAUCAGAACUGUUAAAAGCGUUUAAGAAAAUAGAUGUGAAUAAUGACGGCUAUAUUUCACACGCUGACCUCUAUAAAAUUCUUACAAAGAGAGGUGAGAAAAUGACACCAGAGGAAAUGAAUGCUAUAAUAAACUUGGCUGAUAUAAAUGUUGAUGGCAAACUUGACUAUAUUAAGUUUUGUAAAUUAUACGUGGCAACCAAUGAUCAGUGUCUCAAGACUGCAUUAGAAAAACUGGAAAUUGAUAGUAAAAUGAGGCUUCAGCAAUUAGGAAGUCACCUGGAAGGAUCUCCUGAGAGUGGCAUAUCACCGAUAUCAAAACUAUCCCCGAGAAUCCCAAGGAAUGUUGGUCAGAAAACCGUGCUCAAUAGAGGUGAUGGCCGGAAUUCUUCUCUGCAGCUAGCGGCUCAAAAGCACAAAUCAUCUGUUUCUUUCAGUGUCAGCACAGGGGCUAACAGCUGUAGAAACGCAAAGCUACUGGAGCCAAACUCAGUAAAGGAAUGGCAGUGUGCACAGUCAAAGGGCUGUUUCUUCUUGGAAGAAAAUGGCGAGAUUGUCAGUCAUCAGUACAAGAUCCAUCUAGCCCAGAGGUCCACAGUCUAUCUUACUAUUAGACCUCUGAAGCUGAAUCAAGAAGAAGGAGUAUCACCUCACUGGUUGUCCAUGGACACUGCCUUGUAUCUUCUCAAGGAAAGUGAAGGUCCGGCUAAUCUGCAGCUUGUGUGUUUUACCGAAUUGCGGAAUAGAGAAAUGUAUGGAUGGAGUGGUGAAUUAGGAUCAGGACUUUAUUAUUUAAUUCCUUUCACAACUGGCUGUUGGCUGAAGAAGGAGAAAAAACACAUUACGGAAGAAGCCAAGCUGGUGUGCAGAGGUGAAAAGGGAGAGUUGUUUCUUACAAAGAAAUUUAGAUCUGCUUUAUCAGACAUAUUUGAUAUAAUCGAUUUAGAUGGAAAUGGGCUUAUUAGCCUUGACGAAUAUAACUUUUUUGAACUGAGGACAAGUGGUGAGAAAUGUGAUGAAGAUGCCUGGGCUAUCUGCAAGGAGAAUUUUGAUACGAAGAAGAACGAACUAACAAAGCAAGGAUUUAUGGAUCUCAAUCUAAUGGAAGCCAAUGAUCGAGAAGGAGAUCCAAGUGACCUCUGGGUGACUCUGCAGUCAAUGGGUUACAACAAAGCCCUGGAAAUGGUAGAGGCAUGCCCAUUUGUCAUUGACAUCUACGCUGAGAAGUGCCGGCCCAGGAUUAAGGCCGUCCACCUGGGGUCCGGUGGCCUUCGUUUUGAGAAAGCUCUUUGCCAAUCUGUCAUGAACAAAGGCGAUGCCAAAGCCCUGGACAACCAGGAGAGCGUCUUCCUACAUACCUACAAAAGCGAUUUCCGCAUCACGUCAGUUCUUGAAAAUAAGUCAGAAAAUAAAGUGAUUAUUCAUGUCAACAAUGAGCUAAGUAAAAACUGUGUAAAUAACAGAAGUCUCAGCAUUUUCGCCGUGGAGGUGGCACCAAAAUCCAUGACGGUUUGUCAGCACGUGAUGCCCAUGAACGAACGACAAGAAUGGGUCUAUAAUUGUGUGUAUUCGCUCAUGUCGUGAGGCCGGCUCGGACAGUGACUCCUCUGACGCCGCCCGACCACAAAGGGCGACGCCAGGGUAAUUCUGUUCUCUGUUGACCAGUUGAGUCAUGAGGAAUGUCGCUUCUCUGGCUUUGCCUCCCUUUUAGCUGUUGUGUAUUGUUGAUUACAGUAUGUGUGUGUGAUACAUUUCAGUGGGUUCCAUUUUCCUCAUUUGGGGAGUAAAUCCAGGGUGUAUUUUGCUUAAUACUUCCUUCCUGAUUUGUAUUAAGGUCAACCAAUUGUAAAUAAGCCUUUGCCACAGCAACAUUAAAUGAUUUAUAUAAAAUAUCACAGAUAUUUAGUAUGUCUUACUCAGUUAAAAGAUAUGAAGUUGUAUCCUUAAAAUAUAAAAAUAUCAUUAGGCUAGACAUUUAAAUUAUUUUCUAAUUAGAAAAAAAAGACAUUUAAAGCAAAAUUUGGCGCUUUUAUUUUUAUAUUACAAUAACCAGAGAGAAAAAAGCAAUGAGAAUAUAAAACAGGGAAUUUGUGAAAUAUUCAGUAGGUUAGCCAACUGUAAUUAUUACUAACUUAUCUGUAGAUUUGUUUAAAAUUUAUAAAUAUGUAGACAUUUAAAAUGUACUUAUAUUUAAAAUAGGUAGUAAGUAUAUUCAACCUAGUUUAAUAGGGUAGCGCCAGUCCUUGAAAAAAUUAUUUAUCAACUAGCACAACAGAACUCUGUUACACAGUCUUCUGUGACAGAAUGUGAGACCAGUAAACGUCAGCUGUGAAAUAGGAACACCAUUGUAGAACUCUAAUUAUUUUUACAUACAGCAUGUGCUGGUGCUCAGUUCUGGAAAGGCCAUUUAUUUAAUUCUUGUUGAGCAGUUUAGACAUCUGCAGUAUGGGUUAAUAAAUUCUUAAUCCUGAGCUCGGAAUCAGGAGACUUGGGUCCUAGUUCAGGCUCUAUAACUAUUUGUCUGAGUGGCCUGGACAAAUCAGUUAACUUCUUUUGACUUCAGUUUUUACAUCUAUAAAAUAAGGAUGCAACUAUUGCAUAAAGAAAGGUUUUUUGAAUUAGCAAGAAAAUAUGGCAAAGUGUAGCACCAUCCAAAAUUGAAGAAAAUUGUCAAAAUAAAAAUAAAAUUGUUGUUUUGUGAAUUUUUAAAAAACAAUAAAAAUAACAAAUUCAUCUCAUAAAAGAGGAACAACUUAAAGCUAAUUAAAAACACCAGUUGCCAUAGUUUCAUCUUUCAUUGUACUUAAUAUGUAUAACCUGUAUAAAGA